GACAGGAAUGUUGUGGAGUGGAGGCGUGGAAGAGUGAUUGUUGUAAACAAAGUAUUAUGUGUACGAUUAACUGGGUUUGACGAUGGCAAAUGUCGAAGAGGAAGAUAUCCAGGAUGAAGAAAUUUCCGAAGUCUUAAUUAAUUUUCCACCAGAAGUUCAGCGUGCCAUUGAACAAGUACUACCAAGCAGUGACCCACUAGAUAAGCCAGAUUUCAAUGCUGUUGACUAUAUCAAUACACUGUUCCCAACGGAACAGUCACUGUCAAACAUCGACGAUGUUAUUGGCAAUAUGCAGUACAAAAUCAGAUCAAUUGAUGAUGAAAUCCGAUCAGUCGUUAGGGGUCAAACAAAUGUUGGCCAGGAUGGACGUGCAGCUUUGGAAGAAGCACAGCGUGUUAUUCGGCAACUAUUCGUCCACAUAAAAGAUAUAAAAACGAAGGCUGAACAAUCUGAAGAAAUGGUGAAAGAAAUAACGCGAGAUAUAAAACAAUUGGACUGUGCUAAAAGGAAUCUUACUGCAGCCAUCACUACACUGAAUCAUCUGCAUAUGCUGGUUGGUGGUGUCGACAGUCUGCAGGCACUCAUUAAAAAGAGGCAGUAUGGAGAAAUUGAGCUUCCAUUACAAGCAAUAAUGGAAGUAAUGAAACAUUUCCACAAUUAUAUGGACAUUCCCCAGAUCAAACAACUAGCAGAGCAGGUUAACAAAAUACAUUUGGAAUUAGCAACACAAAUAACAGCAGAUUUCCGUGAUGCUUUUUCUGGUCCUAAUGCCAAACAUUUUGCACCUACUAAGCAACUAGCAGAAGCUUGUCGAGUUGUGUCUGUUCUGGAUCCAAAAGUGAAGCGAGACCUCUUGAAAUGGUUCAUUGGUUUGCAACUGGCCGAGUAUUGUCAUCUCUUUCAGGAAAACCAAGAUACUGCUUGGUUAGACAAAAUAGACAGACGGUAUGCGUGGCUAAAGAGACAUUUACUCGAUUUUGAAGACAAGUUUGGAUCAAUGUUUCCUCCAGAAUGGGAAGUAUCAGAGCGCAUCACAGUAGAAUUCUGCAAUAUUACCAGAGAUGAGCUUUCAAAGUUGAUGCAUAAACGCAAAACAGAAAUUGAUGUGAAGCUGCUUUUAUUUGUAAUACAAAAAACAGCAAAUUUUGAAAGUCUUCUUGCAAGAAGGUUUACUGGUAUCACAUUAGAGGAGACUGAUAGGCCAACUGAGAGAAGAUUGUCGGAGGCAGCUCCUUCAACAAACCCAUUUGAUGAACCUUCUGCUCCAGGUAACCCGUUUGAGGAAGAGACAGAAGACACAAAAUCCAGAGACAGUGCACCAGUUAAGCCAAAACUUUCACCUUUCCAGGGCAUCAUUGGACGCUGUUUUGAACCAUAUCUGUACAUUUAUAUUGAAAGUAUAGACAGGAAUUUGGCUGAACUUAUCGAGAGGUUCAUUCAAGAAACAAAGGAGCAACAGUCUGAUGGGAUAAAUGAUGGCACUGGAAAUGCUGUGAUGUCAUCAUGUGCUGAUUUGUUUGUCUUCUACAAAAAGUGCAUGGUACAGUGCACACAACUCAGUACUGGAGAGGCCAUGUUAGGACUCACAGCCACUUUUCAGAAGUAUCUACGAGAAUAUGCAGUAAAGCUGUUACAGAACAACCUUCCAAAGCUAGCUGCUCCAUCAUCAGGAAUGUCAAACUUGACGAGGGACCUGAGAGACCUAUCAUCAGCUGGGCUGUCUACUGCAGGACUUAUUCAAAACUUCCAAAGCCUUCUGAAAGAAGGAGAAGUAACGAGAUACACCCCGGAGGAACAGGCAAGGGUCUGCAGUAUACUUACAACAGCAGAAUAUUGCCUGGAGACAACUCAGCAAUUAGAAGAGAAGCUCAAAGAAAAAGUUGACCCUGGAUUGGCUGAGAAGAUUAACCUGUCCCAGGAACAGGAUGUAUUCCACAAUGUGAUCUCCAACUGCAUCCAACUCCUGGUACAGGACUUGGAAUCUGCUUGUGAACCAGCACUGACUGCCAUGAGCAAGAUAUCGUGGCAGAACAUAGACACAGUGGGUGACCAGAGUGGCUAUGUUUCUGCCAUCACUUCUCAUUUGAGGCAGACAGUUCCAGUAAUCAGAGACAAUCUUGUCUCAUCUCGAAAAUACUUCACUCAGUUCUGUAUCAAAUUUGCUAAUUCCUUCAUUCCAAAACUAAUACAUCAUAUAUUUAAAUGCAAACCCAUAAGCACUGUUGGUGCUGAGCAAUUGCUACUAGACACUCACAUGCUGAAGACAGUGUUGCUGGAUUUGCCCUCCAUAGGUUCCCAAGUAAAUCGAAAAGCCCCAGCUAGUUAUGCCAAGAUAGUUAUUAAGGGAAUGACAAAAGCAGAAAUGAUACUCAAGGUUGUGAUGGCACCUAGUGAACCAGCAGCAGCUUUUGUAGAUCAGUGCAUCAAGCUUCUUCAGGGUGCAGAUAUUUCAGAGCUACAAAAGAUCCUCGAUAUGAAGGGUCUGCGACGGGCAGAGCAGAGUCAGCUGGUGGAAUUGUUCCGCCAAAAACUGCCACCACCUCCUCCACUGGGAGGUAGUCCCAUGCUUGGUCCACCGGGUUCUCCACUGCCACCUCUGGGUCUUGGCAGCCCAGACCAUGAGUCGAGUCGCAUCAAGAAGCUUGAAAAACUUAUCAAGAAAAGACUGUGAACUCAGCCGAAGUGCCUGACUCAGCUAUGGCAUGUGCUAAUAGUCUUAAACAGUAACAUAUGGAUAGCAGUAUCAGGAGCAUUUGGUGCAAAAAGAGGAGCUGUAGUUCUUUUGAAAUAAAAUCAUAGUCAGUACUUUUUCCCUUUGUUAAGUAAGUAGAAUAAACUACAAAUUGUGCAGUACUAAAGUACAGUUGGUGCUAGAGUCAAAUAGUAAUCACUUAAAUGUGAAUAGGCCAUAGUGUGUGUGCUUCCCAUUAUCCAUUAUGCUAUUUGUGCCAGGGCAUCUCCCCCUAGUUUUGUGUGUGUGUGUGUUUUUUUAUUUGUUUAUUUAUUUAUUUAUCUUCUUUUCUCUUAAGAUGAUAGUGGUUAUUUAUUCAGCUACAAUGCAUAAAGCAGUGAGCUCUUUUGGUGAGGGAGGGAGGAGGGGAGGGGAGGGGGGGAGAUCCCUGUAUCAGUCCCAAUCAUUUUUACAUGGGCUUUAAAAAAAUGUUUGAAUAAAUUUCAUUGAUUGAAAGCUAACAUACAAAUACACUGUAUGCUUUCAAAUGUUUUAUUGCUAGAUAGUGAUUUUUUUACUGUUAUGCAGUUUAUACAUUUACAUCAGAUCUGAGAGCUGUGUUGCCUUCUGGCACCUUUUAAUUUAGUUUUAAAUUGUAAAUAAAAUAUAGGUAGAUGGGUAAUUUUGGAAGUACAGCAUAUCGUGACAUACAAAAUUAUUUACUACUGGUAUUACAAAAACAUGUUUUCUCCAAAAUCACAUACGGUCUCAUCUGUGUUGCCAUUUAUUUCUCCAAAAAAUUGAAGCAUUUAUCAUAGAUUAGCAUUAGUUUAAGUAGGAUCUCAAAAAAUGAAUGAAUGAAUGUACAAUGAUUCAAGUAGUCCACACCUGAGCUAUAAAAGACACGUCUGGACACUGAUUGCAUUGUAUUAAUUCUUAAAUCCUCAUUAUGCAGUUAGUAACAGUGCUGUAUGCCUGUGGCUGUGUGAAACAGGGUCCAUCCUUUAUGUUUAGUUCACUGCAGCGGCCACUCUGAUCCCUGGUCUCUCCAUCUCGCAGAUGCCUUCUUACCUGUUUCACUAUUUUCCCAUCUACUUAUUUUAAUGAUUUGAAAUGCUACACAAACUAUGUUGAAUGAAUAUUGUUAUUGUAAUGAAAAUCAGUAAUAUGUCUGUGUGCAGUAAUUUUUAAAGCCAUGGUCUGUUCACAAAGAUAUAUUUUCAGCACCAUGUGAAACUAAAUGUGAUAUUGCAAAAAGUAUCUUUGUGUUGAUUUUGUGGUAUGGCCUGAGGGAAUUGACACAUACAUCCAUAUGUAAUUGAGGGAAAAAGGGGGGGGGGGGUGUUUCUUACCACCAAUGACAUUAUUUCCUCACAAUUUAAAUGAACUUUGGAGCAUAUCUCCCUUUCAACAGUGCCUGUUUAAGCAUUGUAAUUUGCUAUAACUUAAGGAAUUUAUUUUUUGAUGAUACUUUUCACGCUCAAAUUGUGAGAGUGUCCAGACACCCUUCUCAUCAUAGCACAACACAACACAAUGAGACUUUUACCAAUGUAAGGGUGCAUUAGGUUGAGAGUACUGUUGCCAGAUUUACUCAGUCCUGUAUACUCCGUAGUGAAUUUGGCUCUAGCUUGAGAAAUUCUAAGAAGACUAUUUCCUCAAAAGAUGUUUACAUUAUGUCCAAAAUUACUAUAAGAUCAACACUUCAGGAGGAGCAUAUGUAGGUGCAGAAGAUAGUUGUCAAAUACCAUAUGAAACAGGUGUUAUGUUUCAGAAUCAUGCUCAAACUCUUGCAAAUUAUCAAAUGUACAAAGAUGGCACUGGCAUCAGUAUGUUUUGGAAAAGUUGCACUGUCUUCAUUUUACUUUUAGCAACAACAAAAAUGCAUUUUCUGUUGACAGUGCGAAGUUAUUCACUUUAAAUUUAGAUGAAAAUAUUACGCCAACAAAAUUUUUAGAAGAAAUCGUGUCUGUAUCAGGUCCUAACUGGAAUGCAGACAUCUGACCUGUUGCGCAAUUUGAUUGCGUUAAAUGUGACACAUAAUUUUCCACUCAUGCCUUAAUAGCUAAGCAAGUGCCAAAUACUUUCAUUAUGAGAAGUAUGUUGCCAAAACUGACCCCACUUCAUUAAGCCACACCUUUUUGUUGAUAUUCAUAAAUCUUUUCUCUCUCCUUUGGUCACAGUAAGUCCGUAAUGAAAGCCCAGAUUGUGUAAAAUAGUGAAUAAAGAUGUGCAACUAUCUUGAAAAAUGUCUACUUCCAUAAGGAUAAUCAAUAAUUUGCCGAGUUUUGUGUGUACCUUUCCACAAUAAUAAUGUGGUCAUGACAACACAUAGCAAAAUCUGGUGGUAAUUCACUUCUCCAUUCAACUUUUUUCCCCUGGAGUGUCAGUUUUCAAUGAAUUUUGGGCUUCCUCUUCUUUCUUGAAUAUUUCGUAGUAUUGUUUAUGUUUUAAGCUGCUGCAGAUCUUGUUAUUACCUUAUUAAUGAGGCCACCAGAAAUAUUGAAGCUCUAGACAGAAACGUAAUGCAUGAACUGUUUAUCUUGUCUGGUAUCCACCGUAAAAGGCAUGAUAGCACACUUUUAUAUACACAUCUGACAAAACUGCUUUCGACAUUGCUCAGCAUCAGAUAACACAUAGUUGCAACAAAUAGAAUGAAAACAAAUUCACAGUGCGCAAGUGAUCUCAUAGAACAAGAAGUUGCCUGAACUUUAAGCAUAGUGCAGGUUAGAAGUGUUGUAAGUGUGGGGAUGAAGUUUUGGCAACUUUGGAGGGUUGCAGCAGUCACAAAGCUCAUGAGGCUGGUUGAAUGCUUGCUAUGCCUCCAGCAGGAAUCUCACCCCAUUACUUCCUUUGUAGAUACCAACCCUAAAGUCAUUAUGAACGUUGUAUUAUUUAUAUUUAUGAAUAAUAGGAAACUAAAACUAACAAACUAUAUUGUAAAUCCCCACAUAGAAAGGUGUGAAACAAUAAAACUUACAGAGAAGUGGGAAAACUGAGAAUAGCUUGAUAUUUUAAUACAGAACUUUCUUUGUAGCAUUAGGUUUCAUAAGUUUUGUGCUCAUGCUUUUAAUGUGAGCAAUGCAUUUAAUUAAAAGUCUUAUUUUUUAUUUGGAAAGUCGCUACUCACCAUACAGCGGAGUUGAGUCGCGAUAGGCACAACAAAAAGAUUCACACAAUUGUAGCUUUCGGCCAUUAAGGCAUUUGUAGCAGUACACACACACACAUACACACACACACACACACACACACACACACGUCUGCAGUCUCAGAGAUAUGAAACCAUACUGCAAGCAGUAGCACCAGUGUAUGAUGGGAGUGGCAACUGGGUGAGGGUAAGGAGGAGGCUGGGGCGGGGAAGGGGAGGGAUAGUAUAUGGGAGUGACGGACAGUGAAGUGUUGCAGUUUAGACAGAGAGGGGGGAGGGGGUAAGUAGCGGAAAGGAGAGAAAUAAAAAGAAAUUAAAAGACUGGGUGUGGCGGUGAAAUGACAGCUGUGUAGGGCUGGAAUGGGAACAGGGAGGGGGCUGGAUGGGUGAGGACAGUGACUAACGAAGGUUGAGGCCAGGAGGGUUACAGGAACAUAGGAUGUAUUGCUGGGCAAGUUCCCACCUGCGCAAUUCUGAAGAGCUGGUGUUGGUGGGAAGGAUCCAUAUGGCACAGGCUGUGAAGCAGUCCUUGAGAUGAGGGAUAUCAUGUUUGGCAGCGUGUUCAGCAACAGUGGUCCACUUGUUUUUUGGCCACAGUUUGUCGGUGGCCAUUCAUGCAGACAGACAGCUUGUUGGUUGUCAUGCCUCCAUAGAAUGCAGCACAGUGGUAGCACCUUAGCUUGUAAGCUUGUAAUGCACAUGACUGCUUUACAGAUAGCCCUGCCUUUGAUGGGAUAGGUGAUGUUAGUGACCAGACUGGAGUAGGUGGUGGUAGGAGGAUGUAUGGGAUAGGUCUUGCAUCGGUCUGUUAAAGUGGUAUGAGCCAUGAGGUAAGGGAUUGGGAGCAGGGGUUGUGUAAGGAUGGAUGAGUAUAUUGUGUAGGUUCAGUGGACGGCAGAAUACCACGGUAGGAGGGAUGGGAAGGAUAAGGGGCUGGACAUUUCUUAUUUCAGGGCAUGACAAGAGGUAAUCCAGUUGCUCCAGUCCCAGAUGGUACUGAGUUACGAGGGGAAUGCUCCUCUUUAGCCAGACUUUGGGAGGUGGUGGGAGACUGUAAAGAGAAGGCAUGGGAGAAUAAUUAUCAGUGAAGGCUUCAGUGAGGCCCUCGAUAUAUUUUGAGAGGGACUGCUUGUCACUGCAGAUGUGAUGACCAUGGGUGGCUAGGCUGUACGGAAGGGACUUCUUGGUAUGGAAUGGGUGGCUGUCGAAGUGGAGGUAUUGCUAGUGAUUAGUAGGUUUGAUGUGGAUGGAGGUACUGAUAUCGCCAUCUCUGAGGUGGGGGGUCAACAUCUUGGAAGGUGGCUUGUUGGGUUGAGUAGGACCAGGUGAAGCAAAUGGGGGAGAAGUUGUUGAGGUUCUGGAAGACCUAAACAGACCCGCAACACAGUUAUGAACCUUUCUUCCAGAAGCCUUAGUACCACAGAAAUAUCAGUCCUUCCCUGUUGUUAGCAGUACAAACAAGAGGGAUCAGUAAGGAAUAUUGUGUAUUGUUACAUUAUUUUGCCUGCCUCCCCCCCCCCCCCCCCCCCCCCCAAAUAACAGAUUAACACUGUUGUGUUACACAUUGAUGCAUACACAAUUACAACUCUAAUUGACUAUGUUUCUUCAGUAUUACUUUUCAUGCCUUUCGUUCCUGUUCCCAUUUCAUUCACGAUAUGUCUAAGAUGUUUCAGGGUAAAUUCCUUGUCAUCUGAAGUACCAUACAGUAUUAAUAAGAAUUAAUUUGAUGAAUUUCUAUACUAAUAUGGCUUAUCUAAUUUGAUGACCAACAGGAUUUUAUGAAGAGAGAUUCAUGUCACUAAUCAGAAAGAUUUAAUUUUUUUGAGAUGCUGGUACAAUAAUCUACCGAUUAAAUAAUAAAAAAAUCUUUCACACAGACAUUCAUUUUAAUGUUUCGCUUUUGUAUCUGCUACCAUCUUCAUUUACCUUGUUAAAGGUUUAUUAUUUAUAUUUUAAAGUAAAAUACAUUGAACUAUAAAUCUGGAAAAGGCAGACUAAUUUAAAGAAUUUAAAUAGCACUUUUUAUUCAGUACUGUGUUUCAAAUGUAAUAUUAACAUUUUAAGCUUCAUACUUAUGUUAUCAAUCACUGGAUUUAUAACUAUAAAAUGGAUUCUGUAUUUCAUUAUUUUUUUAUCUCUGAUGUUGCCUACAUUUACAUAGGGUAGACAACAGUUAGAAACAAAAUAUACAAUUGAACUGAUGCCAGUACUAAACUCAACUAACAUAAUUGUCAUUUGUAGUCUCAUGUAUAGGCAUGUGAUUUUGUUAACAUUGGAAAAACCUUAAAUCUAAUGCACACGCUUCAGUUAUGUCAACCAAAAUAAAAGAACUGUUCUGGAAGAGAGUAUUUUAGAGAUAUGAAAGGAUGCUAAAAAUUUCAAAAGUGAACUGAUGGAUUGAUUUGAAAGUUAAAGUGUUGAAGUGUGCUCAUCAUCUGUAGCACAUGAAUAACUAUACGGUGAAGGAGGUGGUGAUGGUGCUUUUGUGUGUGUGGGGAGGAGGGGUUACAAUGGAGGGAGGGGGAAAGAAGAGGGCAUUGUUUGAAGGAUGGUAAGAUGUAGGAAAGAGCUAAUCACAGAUUUUGAAACAAAGGAGGAAAUUUAAGUGUUCAAUUUCCUAUCAACAAGUUCAUUAGAAAUGGUGCGCAAGCACAGAUUAAGGAAGGAUGAGGAAGGAAAUUAACCAUGCCCUUUCAAAGAAACCACCUUGGCAUUUGCCUUAUGUGAUUUAGGGUAACCUCUGAAAACUUAAAUCAGAAUCGCCAGAUGCAAAUUUGAGCCUCGUUCUCUCGAAUAUGAACCGAUUUUUGAGGCCACACUUUAUGUAUUGAGGUGGAAGGAAAACAAAGGGGAGAUGGUAACAUGAAACUACUUACACGUGUGAUCAAAAAUAUGGAGACACCAAAACACAACUCAGUACAGUAACUAAUACAUCGUAGGAAAACCAUUGGCAUUCAAAACAACAACUUCCAGUUGCCUUGGAAUAGAUAAAUACUUGUCCUGUAUAGUUUUCAAGGGUACCUGUACCAUUUUUCCUGCAAAAUAAGCCAAGUUCAGCAAAAAUUGGAGGAAGACAGCACUAUAUACCCUUCUCUCUCCAAUGUAUACCACAACACCUAAGUAAUUGUGGUGGUGAGGGAAGAUGCGACAAUUCAUCCUCAUCCUUAUGCUCAAAAAAUCAGUCCUGGACAUUGCAAGCUGUGCAAACAGGUGUCACCAUUUAUUGUGAAACACUGUACCAUGGGAUGGACUUGGUAAGUCAGAAUGGUCACAUAAUCCUUGGCAGUAAUGCAACUUUGCACAGUAACCUUGGGCCCCAUAGAAUACUAUGCUACGGCUGCCCAGAUCAUCACUGAACCUCCAUGUUUCACUAUUGGGACGUAAAAUUGGCCAAAAGUUGGGAAACAGUGCUAAACAAGACUCAUCCAACCAACAUUUGUCCAUUACUUGAUAGUCCAGGUUUUACAGGUUUGGUACCACAUUUUGCUGUUGUGGGCUCUCACAGCACUGAUGAAUCGUUUUGAAACUCCAGCACUCCCUGCUUAUGGAGCUCCCUUCAUGUUCUUUUGGUGCUGAUUGGGUUCUUGAGUGCGACAUUCUGUUCAACAGUGUCUUUUGCAGAUGUCAUCUUAUUUUUCAUCACUAUCCUCUUCAAGACCCUCUGUCACACUCAACGUACACUUUUGUCCAAGUAAUUACAUACUGGAUAAUGAUUUUCUGCUUUCCCUGCAUCUGGUAUAAAUCUUAAAUCAGUUGCUCUUGAAACACCAAUCACUUCAGCUACUUCUUUAUGGAGGAGCCACCAUGCCAGCAACAAUAAUUUGCUCACAUGUGAAUGCUCUGAGCUCCAACACUAAUCAUAACUGCAUGCAGCACUGUUCUGACCCUGAAUGGCACUUGCAACAUAUUGAGGACAUUGCACAGAUGCUUUUUGUGGUCAAAUACAGCAGUGCAAUCUGCAGGCUUGGCUAGCAUCUGCAUUUAUGUUCAAGCAUGCAUUUGUUAUAGAAUUUCCAUAUUUUUGUCCAUGUCCAGUAUAUAGUAUCAUGACUUUUUUUGUAGAAUAGACAUUGGGAACGGUGUGAGUUAGAAAUCAAGAUUUUUUGGGAGGGGUGGGAGGGUAUAAAUUGUGAUUCAAGGAGCCAUAUACUUUAAAGACUGGUUACAGAAACAAUACGAAAUUUAAUUUCAGUCACAAUGGCCAGAUAAAAGCCCUGCAUCAUAUUCGUUGUGCAGACUGAAAAUCAUAUAAACACACAUAGGACAUUAAUUCAUUGGUACUUGCAUAUAGUGAUUCAAUGAGUAUAUUGGAAAAGAAUAUGCAACUAAAUGACAGUUUCGUGGAACUCUGUCUUGGCAGUGGUAACUCUUUUCCUAUACCGUGCCUCAUGACAGUCUUCUAAAUAACUCCUCUCUAUUCAGCAAAUUACAUUCAAUUGUGAAAAAGGUCCUUGUUAAAUUGUAGGUGCUACUUUACAGACUAUAAGCUGAUUUUUGAAAUUCAUUCCAACAUACUGUUACAAAUUGGGGUGAAGUUGUGGAUUAAGCAAAUAUCUUUAAUAAUAUUUUGUAGUCACAAGAACCAUUUUCAGGGAAAUAAGUUUACCUGUGUGUGUUUUCUGUUACUGUCUGUGAAUAUAGCAUUCCUAUUACUAAUGAAUUAUGAGAAGUGUAACACUAGUAUCCCUGUAUAUAUGCUGCACAAUGCAUUUGUUGUGUACUAUUUGUUUAAUACUAUGUUUACUAUCUAUGUAAAAAGCAACACUACAAAAAUGCAGACAUGUUAGAUCUUU